AUGCUUCCCACAAGAAGUUCGAGUCCCUGUUCAUGGACUCGCUGGAGUCGCCAGCUGGGGGCGAUAUCGACCUGGCCACUUUGGAUUACCUUGUGGUGUCUCACACCGAGCCGGACCACUGGCCUGAUCGAGAACAUCCUGAAGAAGGCGGCGGAGAAGGGCAACAACAAGAUCACGGUCGUGGGCUCAAAAGUUUGCAUCACCUUCCUCCAGAAUCUCAUCCACAUGGACUUCAAGAGCAAGCUGGUAAAGGACGGCGACACCAUUGACCUGGGCGGCGGCCACGAGCUCGAGUUCCUGCUGACCCCCAACCUGCACUGGCCGGACACCAUCUGCACCUACGACCGCAAGACCGAGCUGCUCUACACCUGCGACAUCUUUGGAAUGCACUACUGCAGCAAAGAGAUUACGGACGUGGAGGGCGUGGAGGAGCUGAAGCCGCACUUCCAGCUGUACUACAACUGCCUCAUGAAACCGAACGCGAAGAGCGCGACCACGGCGAUGAAGAAGCUCCGGAAGCUCGCUGGCCCCGUCAGCGCCGUCUGCACCGGCCACGGGCCGAUCCUCACCCACCACAAGGACGAGUGGCUGAACAUGUAUACCUGGUCGGAGGACGCCCUGAAGGUGCUCGGCCCCGCCGUGUGCAUCUUCUGGGUCAGCCGCCACGGGGAGUCCGAGCGGCUCUCGCAGGCACUCGCCUUCGGCCUCACCUCCAACGACGUGCUGGUGGAGAUGCACGACCUCAACGCCAUCGACGCCUUCGAGGUCGUGGAGGCGUGCGGUCGCAACCAGGUCAUCGUGGUCUUCGCGCCCCCGAUGGCCGGCACCGCGGAGGACAACCUCAGCAGCGUCGUGGCGAGCUGCAACGGGAAGAGCCACAGGUUCCUCGUCAGCGCGAGCUUCGGCGAGAACGAGGACCCCGUCGACUCCAUCGUCUCGCGCUUCGUCCAGGUGGGCAUCCCAGAGGCGAUGCCCGCCCUCCGCCUGCUCGACGGCUCGCCGGAGAAGCACCUCGUCGUCCAGCCGCCUGCGGCAAGCUCCGCCCCCGUGUCAGGGCAAGCAUCACCGAAGGGAGGAGGUUGCGCUGAAUGCCCGCUCCAGCCCAGCACUCUGUCCGAAACGGCGCUGGUCGUGUGA